CGGGAGUUAAAAUCAUCGUCUAAAAGAAUCAUGGUGUUUGAUACUGAAGCACAAACGUGGGAGGUUAGGAAGAGGCCAGAUUGGAAGGUUGGCCAGAGGUGGCUUAGUAGCAUGGAAAGGGCAUCUGAUGAUGAGGAUGACGACAACGCCUCAAUGGACGUUGUCAUCAACUCUGAUUCAGAUCACAGCCAAGAUUCAGAUCACAGUCAAGAGGAAGAAGAUCUGGAUCCGAUUUCUCCCAAAAGCUUUCAAUUCAUGUACAAUACCGAAUGCGCUUGCCCUGGUCUUCAUCGCGGAGAGAUUCGAGUUGAACAUUUCGGGCUUAUCAUGGUACAAAUCAUAAAUGCUCAUGAUUCUAGUAUUGCGUGUAUGACUUUGACAUUGGAUGGUUUGUUGCUAGCAACUGCUAGUACAAAGGGAACUCUGAUUAGAAUCUUCAACACAAUGGAUGGAACUUGUUUGCAAGAGCUCGGAAUGGUCAUAUGCACAGUUUCAUGUAUAAGAAGUCACAACACGGUUGCUAUUAUCGGCAUGGAUGGAAGUUUUUACAGAUGCAGCUUUGAUCCCGUGAACGGAGGAGAGAUGGGGCAACUGGAAUAUUUCCACUUUCUGAAGACAGACAACCGCCCGAGAUAAGUCAGACGCAUGCUUCACUCACUCCUCUAAGCUCUCUGUACAUAACCAUGUCUAUGUAAAUAGAUUUGGUGAGACUGCAUAAGAUUUGAUUCUUGCAUAUUGCUACGUCGAGUGAAAGGACCUGCAUUACUGUUUGGGACUAUGUAAAUAGCUACAUAGCAAGAUUCAUCCGCAACAGUUUCCUUCUAAACACUGUAUUAUGUAAAUUUCCUAAUAACACCAUAGAAAAAGU